UGAGUGUGAGCGUGUGUGUGUGUGUGUGUGUGUGUGUGUGUGUGUGUGUGUGUGUGUUUGCCUGAGAAAUGAGAGAGAGAGAGAGGGAGGGAGCAGGGUACUGAGCUGAAAUCUGUCAGAUUCAAACACACUGCUCUCUCUGUGCGUGUGUGUGGUGUGUGUGUGUGUGUGUGUGCGUGUGUGCGUGUGAGAGAGACAGACAGAGAGAGAUAGAGAGCGAGGGAUGAGAGGAGAGGAGGAACAUAUAGAAAGAGACAGCAGAGGACCACAAAGUGAGGCCAGUCCACCUAUGGAUCAGCAUCCUCACCAGAAAGCUAAGGGAUUCAUCGAGUGCAUCGACCCGACCGACAUCCCCACGGAGUUCAGCCGGGUGACGCCGAUGCGCUGCACGCAGCUGUAGAGCAUCGAAGGGCCGAGGCACGGGGGGUGGGGGGAGGGGGGUUCAGGGGUGAAAAAGGUCGCAGACGGACAGAGCCGGAGCGAGCGCCCUGAGGUCGAAAAGGUCUUUGCAGGGAGGGGGAGACGACGAGGGGAACCGGGCCAUCGGGGAGGAAGCUCUCAGUGACAGGCGACCGUACGAGGGUCAAAGAUGAUGACGGCACAUGUAAAGCUGAGGAGGGAGAAGGGCAGCCUGGCCGAGUACGAAUCGCAGAUGAAAGACCUGCGGACCCAGCUGACAGACCAGAUCAAGAUUUUAGACUCUCAGGUGGAGGUGAAACAGCAGCAGCUCUCAGACCUCUCUGAGUUUCUCCGGCGCCGAGGCGACAUCGAGGCUGAAUACGCACGCGCCCUAGACAAACUCACCGAGCGGUUCACCCACAAGACUAAGAAGAAGGAGCAGUGGGGUCAGUCUGUGUGUCAGGUCUGGUCUGUUUUGCUGACUCAGACUCGUCUGGAGAGCCGGGAACAUGCAGCGCUGGGUGACACUUGCUGCAACACACUCACACAGCAGUUGGCUCACAGCACGGAGGAUACACACCGUCUGCACAAACGGAGCAAAGAAGUUGGUAUCCAGAUGCAAGAUGAGCUGCUGAAGGUCACCACUGAAAUGCAGACGGCCCUGAAGACGUACAACCAGUACCACACCGACUGCCUGAUAGCCGAGGGGAAGCUGAAGGAAGCCGAGCGGUUGGAGGAGAGACACACCGGCAAGUCAGCCGAGCUCGGUCUCGGCCUAUCGGGAGGGCAGAGGCGGAGCUCCGUCAAGAAGAUGGAGAGAUUGAUGGAGAAAAGGCACGGCAGGGUGCAGGAGAACCAGCUGAAGUGCACCAAGGCUCGUAACGACUACCUGCUGAAUCUGGCCGCGGCCAACGCGGCCAUGAACAAGUACUACCUGCAGGACAUCAGCACGCUCAUCGACUGCUGCGACCUGGGUUUCCAUCUGUCCGUGGAGAGGGUGAUGAAUUGCUACCUGGCCAGCCGGGGGCGCAUCCAGAAGACGGAGGAGGCGGGCCUUAAGCAGCUGGAGGCCACCGUGACCUCCCUGGACCAGGGUGGAGACAGAGAUGGGUUGCUGCAGCAACACGACGCCGCCUUCUGUCUGCCGUUCAGAUUCAGCUACCAUCCGCACGAGGGAGACCAGGUGUGCGAGGUGAGUGCGGAAAGCCAGGUGAGAUACGAGCUGGAGACCAGGUUCCAGCAGCUUCAGUCUCGACUCGCUGCCGUUACCUUGGAAACAGAGGAGGUCAGUAAAACGCUGAAAGCCACACUUGCGGCCCUGCUGGAUAAUAUGUGUGAAAGCGACUGUAACCCCUCCCCCGACGUGCCCAGCAGCCUAUCGAAUGAACCGCCUGGAGGAAACGCCGCCCCAAAACUUACCCUCGCCAAGCGUCGAGCCAAUCAGCAGGAGACAGAGACCUACUACUUUACAAAAGUGAAGGACUUCCUCAUCAGCAGUUCUCUGACUUUCAAACUUCAAGCCAAACACGAUCUUCUAAAAGAUGCCAUACAGAAAGCUGAGGCUGUCGACAGUGACCCCUCCAGAAUGCAAUGUGCUCGGUCAGUGCGCGUUCGGAAGUCCAGACCUGUUUCCCAAUUCUGCCACACACUCUUCACCACAGACAUACUCUCCUACAUACAGAGCUCUGGGCAGCAGAUUCCUGUGGUGGUUGAGAGCUGCAUCCGUUUCAUCAACCUUCACGGCCUCCACCACGAAGGGAUAUUCCGAGUUCCUGGGUCACAGAGGGAGGUCAACCACAUCAGAGAUGCUUUUGAGAGAGGAGAGGAUCCUCUGUCGGACAGUGAGUGUGACCUGGACUCUGUGGCCGGUGUGUUGAAGCUAUACUUCAGGGGCCUUGAGCCUCCUCUCUUCCCUUACGACAGCUACUCUCAGCUGCUGGAGUGUGUCCAAAUCGAAGGGGUGUCGGAGAAAGACGCCCAGAUUAAAGCGAUCAUCUCCACCUUCCCGCGGCCCCUCCUCAUCGUGAUGCGCUACCUGUUCGCUUUCCUCAAUCAUGUGUCUCAGUACAGCGACGAGAACAUGAUGCAGCCCUACAACCUGGCCGUUUGCUUCGGUCCGAGCCUGUUGAGGGGGUUGGACUCCGAUGACGCUGUUGCCCAGCAGCCACAGGUCAACGAUCUUGUCAAAACCAUGAUCCUCCAGCACGACAUCAUCUACCCCGGCCAAUCGGAGCUGCCGGGCCCCGUCUACGAGAAGCACAUGACUCUGGAGCAGGAGUACUGUGAACCAAUCACAGAGGAGGGAGACGGAGAGACCGAGCAUCUGCCCAGUGAGGACGAAUGGGAGGCGGUGGCUAUGUUUGACUACACGGCGAGGUCUCCAGCGGAGCUGUCCUUCAAGCAAGGGGAGCUUCUCAUCCUUCACAGCAAGGCCUCCUGUGAUUGGUGGAGAGGCGAAGUGGGAGGGGUUAAGGGUCUCAUCCCUCACAAGUACAUCAGUGUGCUGGAAGGAUCAGAGCGAGGGAAAAGAGAGGACGGGGGAGGCGGAGGCAGCACUGGAAACCUGACAGCAGAUGAUCCACAGACGGAGAACACAACCCGGAUGCGGGUGAACAGCGACAGCGCUUCGUUGCCAGGGAGACAGAGAGGAAGCGAGGGGAGCACCGGUCAAAAGCCACCGACGUCUCCCGCCACGCGGCACGUGCCAGUGUCUCAGGAGCGAAGACACACUUUGGACACUGUGAGACAGGGCGGCUUCAGACCCCCGGACAGACUUCCGUUUGGUCAGGCGGAGAAACCGGCAGUCGACAAGGACAUGAUCAGCCGUCAGAUGAACUCGGUGUUCAAGGAGCUCCUGUCUCGCCAGCCUGCCAUGCCGCCUCCCACCCUCGCCGCCCCCCCUGCUCCCUCUUCCUCCUCCUCCUCCUCCUCUCUUCCUCAAGCUGCCCCCGCUGCCAAAAAAGUGGGCUUCGGCCUCAGAGGACGGACCCUUUUCCGGCCGGUGGACUAAGAGAGAGAGGGAAUGUUGUUUAACGUCGGUUUAAUUAUGAUGAUGCCGACGAUACAUUUGGUGAAGAUCUUGAUAUAUUUUUAUUGACACGUGUAUGAUAUUUGCGUCGCCGCCAUCUCAUAGUGCCACUCGUCUCGGUGCCGUGUUACUGUGCGUCCAGUGUGUCCGUUCUCCAGCUGCGUUUAUGUUCCGUCGGUUUAGUUUGUUCUGCAAGCUUAUGUGUUUUUUUUAAUUUUUCACCAGACUGACUUUUUAAAGUGGUUGCCAUAGAGCAGCAAUGAAGUACGUAAACUGCCCCCUAGUGGCAGGUUGUGAGAUCAGCUCUCCCCUUAUAAUGAAUAAAAGAAAUCUGAUCCGGGGCCUGAGUGCCUUCACGUCUUCUGCUCCUCACAGUUGUUUCAAUUGAAAAGAUCCGGUAGGUUUGAGCUCUGCGUAUUAUGUUAAAAAAACAAGGUCUAGUGUUUAAUAUCCAAUAGGACAAUAUGCAAUGAAUAGGCAUAUAUGAAUAAACUGUGUAAAAUAAAGAAAUGAUCCAAAAGACAUUUUUUAAACUGAAAACUAAAACUAAACAAAAGAAAACUGGAUUUAAUUAGAUGUGAUUUAUAACGGACAUAUUUAAGUCAACAUUUUAAAAUGUUCCCGAUGACACUCGUGCCAUGUUCGGUGUCAUUUCAUAAUGUCACGUUUAACAAUGACAAUUUUUCCCCACCUUUGGGGCUAAUCACGUGCCCCCGAGCCACUGAAGCUAACAAGCUUGACUGCUGCCAAAUUUAGAAACGUUAGCACCUGUUAGCUAACCCCUGUAGCUAAUGAAGCCUCAGCUUAACAAGGCUGGGCAUGCUAACCCACGUAGCCGGCUAACCAGCCUGUGAGCUCGGAUUAUUAAAGUGACAAAAAUUGACAUUAAUAAAAAAGAAGACACGUGAUAUACAAUUGUAAUUGGGAAAACUGGCAUUAUGAAAUAAAAUAAACUUUAAUGAAAUUAAAAAUGUCUACAAUUUUAUAAUAAUAAUAAUUUCUUAAUCAUGAUAUCACAGAUGAUUGUUUUAUUUAUAUUGCUUACACAGUUUAUUCGUGUGAAUAUUUAUUUCACAAUGAUUCAUUCAUUUAAUAUAGAAGAUUUUGGAGCCCCGUAGACGUUAGCUGGGGAGACCGUAAGCAGUACUUUAUAGCAGCGUGCGGCGUUCGCACACACACACACACAGACAAAAAACACACACAGACAGAAAACACAUUCUCCUUCAUAUGUGAUACGCGGCCUGAUACGCAGGCCAGAACUCAGGGCUUUUCUUGCAGAGUUAGCACCGGGCUAGCUCAGGUUUGGCUUCAAAAAGGAACAAGUAGGACUUACUACACUCAGGGCUUUGGUUGACUCGCUCCUCGACUGGAAACACGUGCCCGAGCCUCAAAAGCUAAAACAAAAUGGCCCCCACACCAGAGAGGAUUCAGCGACUUCCACUGGUAUAAACUGUGAACGCUGUGGAAACUCUUGUCUCCUUCAUCCGCACAUGUUGGCCCCACUCUGCUCUCGAUCUAUAGCACCGGCCACAGGCCUCAUUGUUUCAGGAUUCUUGCUGUACUUAUUCACUCUGACUCCAAAAGCAUUUGAAUUGUUCUCAUGGCAUCUCCCCCUCUGUCGUGUUUCAGUACUGGAAACAUAGAAGUAGAAUCUAUUUUUAUUUUAUUUUCUGAUUCUGCCUCUGUGAUUAAAACACCCUGUUAUUCUGGAUCACUGUUUGAUGAUGUCACUAAAUUUACUGUGUCCAAUUGUAUAUGUGGUGGUAAAAAAAAAAAACUGAAUUCAAUAAAGAUGAUAAGUGAUGAAUGAUGAA